AUGGAUAUUACGGAUGCGAAAAAUGUUAUGUUAAAGGUAACUUGUAAGUUUAAAUUAAAUCUGGUACUUGUACUCUGUUUAUCACCAGAAACUUCAUCGGACAGCACAGCGGGAAACGAACGAGUUCCUAACAAUUCCCAAUUGAGGACAACAACGACUCCGAGACCACACCUGACUCCCUUGUCCGAGACAAUAGCAAAACUUGAAGACAAUUUGAAGACCACCACCGAAGGACUCAGGAACACUUUCCACGACUUUGCACAAAACCACCAACAAUCCAUGGCUCAAAUUGGAAGGAGUUUAGUUGCAAUGCAUAAAGAAAAUCAAGCUACCAAUGAACGAAUGUUAACCGAAAUACAGAAGUUGUUGGAGACCCAGGAAAGUACGCGCCGUCCUACAACCGACAGUAGGACCGAACACCGAAUUGAGCGUCCCGUCUUCGUAUCGCCUUCGCCUAUUGUACCCAAAUUUAAAUCUGAUGGAACAAAGCAUCCCGUAAAGUUCAUCGAGGAGCUCGACAGUUAUUUAAAGAAAAUGGAAAUUCCACCAGCGCAGCAGUUGAACGUCGUAAACAAAGCGCUGGUAGGAGCCGCUGAAGAUUGGUCAACAAUUUAUAAAAUUUCCUGGUUGACAUUUGAAGAUUUUCGAAGAGAUUUCCUCGAUUGUUUCUGGUCCGAAGUCGAACAAAACAGAGUCCGACACCAAAUCAGCACUCACAAAUGGAUGACCGGUAGCCGCCAUUCCAUGGAGGGACACUUUGCUAAAUACGUAGGGAUGGCCCGCCUGUUAACAAAGCCCAUCCCGGAAGAAAUCCUACUGGCCGACUUGAUGCGACAUUUCCCACCUGCAAUUCAAUCUCUAUGGAUGUUAAAAGAAAACAAGACACUCACAAACGCCGCCCUCUUCCUCCGACAGCAAGAGGACAUUUCCGCGGAAGGACCCAACCACUACCGAGGCCGACCAUUCCUGAAUCAUCCGCAAAACCCCUACAAGAAAAUUAGAACCGAAUUACCGAAUACCGCGCACCGACAAAUAAAUACUCAACAGAAGGGAAACGAACAACGGUCGAACUAG